UAACAGAUCAAUGACAAGAUUACUUAUUUGAGUGUGCAAAUGGUGCAAAUGCAGUUUUAGCAGAUAGCAGAAAUAAAAGUUUUAUAUUCGAAAAUGAAGUUACAUGGGAUUUUGUGUGUCAUUGUGUUUUUAACAUUAUUCAGCUGUGCAGAAGCUGGAUUCUGUUCAGAAGCAUAUACCUGUAGCAGUCAGUGCUCAAGGAGUGAGAGAUACACCACGAGUUGUGGAUUCCUUUGGUGUUGUCGAUGUAGCAAAUACAGGACGAAAUAUGACACAUGUUACAGCACGUGUUACCGCCAGGUUUGCUGCCCGGGAUAUACAGGACCAGACUGUAACACGCCCUUGUGUUAUGGGACAACAUCAUGUUUGAACAGCAACCCGUGUACAGGACCUGACAGAUGUAGCUGCAGAACUGGCUACAAACUUCCAAACUGUGAAGAUAUAAAUGAGUGUUCCUCAAACAAUGGCGGCUGCCAGCACGUCUGUAGAAACAAUCUGGGGUCUUUUACAUGUUUAUGUAACAGUGGAUAUAUGUUAAAGACUGACCGUAGAACUUGUGAAGAUAAGAACGAGUGCUCUUCCAACAAUGGAGGAUGUGCUCACACGUGUACUAACAAGCCAGGGACACAUCAGUGCAGCUGUAGAGAAGGCUACGAACUUGCUUGGGACGGACGUCAAUGCAAUGACAUCAACGAAUGUUCAGCUGGAACAUCUCAGUGCGAACAUGAUUGUACCAACACAGUCGGCUCAUAUACGUGUUCCUGUAAGGUCGGGUACCAACUGACUGCUGGUGGGAAAACAUGUGACGACAUAGAUGAAUGCAGGCAAACUCCGCCCCCCUGUGACCACCAAUGCAACAACACUCCUGGAUCUUAUACAUGUAGUUGCGAACCCGGAUAUUUUCUUGACACCGGGUCACAAACGUGCAAAGACGUAAAUGAGUGUGACACACACAACAAUGAGUGUGAUCACAUUUGUACGAACAGCAAGGGGUCAUACCAAUGUACCUGCCGACCUGGAUACUUAAUACACAUUGAUGGAAAUACUUGUACAGACGUGGACGAAUGUGCAGAAGGUACGUCUCAGUGUUCACAGAAGUGCAACAACACACUCGGCAGUUACACCUGCAGCUGUCAGAAUGGAUUUAUGCUUGAGACGGAUACAUUCAGUUGCAUCAACAAAGACGACUGCCAAGGCAUCGCAUGUGAAAACGGAGGAGUUUGUAUUGACAACAUUGGCGGUUAUACCUGCUCUUGUGCUCAGGGAUACACAGGAAUGCAAUGCGAACACGACUUAAAUGAAUGUUCUGGAUUCCUAAAUGGCGGCUGUGAGGACGAAUGUAUCAACACAGUGGGUUCAUUUGCUUGUAAAUGCAGUGACAACAUCACCCUGAACGAGGACGGCUUCACUUGCUCCGGUUUAACUGGACCAAGCGUAUUCUCCAGGUAUGGGUUAGUGCGACAGUUUCUACCACGAGGUUGCUCAACAAUUCUUCUAGCAAAAUGUGACGAGGAAACUGAUGUUAAAGUUCUACUGUCAUCAACAUCAAAGUGGUACAUGUUAAAAACUGAUCCUAGAAUAAUUUUUACUUAUGGUAUUGUAUUUGUUGAAGCCGGCGCCAUAACCUUACCUGUGUCUAUAUCAGGCUUAGAAGUCGUCAAGGGAAUCGACAAUUUUGAAUUAGUUACCGGAUCGUUAUCACAUGACGUCAACGAUGGCGUUCCAUAUGGGGAAGAAAGACUGCUAUAUUGCUGGACAUUUGGGACAACGCCACAAGAUUUAAGAGAUUUCUUGGUUUCAAAUUCAUUUUUAUCCUCAUUCUUUCACAAUAUUGAGAAUUCCUUGCCUGACUGGCUACAAUUCUCCCCGAACGACAACGAAAUACUCGGUGUAAAUGAUUUGCAAACAGAGCUCAGUAGAGGCGACGAUAUUCAGAAGACAGAAUGCAAAGGGGCACCUUUAUAUUCUGAACGCCUUUACACUGUUUUAAAAUUUAGUAACAGUUUUGCUUUGUCUAUCUACGGCCAGGAGGUAACUUUACCGUCUGCAUUAAGUAAUAAAAAGUUCUGCAUCAUUGUUGAUAUCUGCCAGGAUAAUGGUGGUUCUGUAUUCCUUAUUUUGCCCGAAGAAUCAAGGGAUAUUCUGGACCGAUUUGACAUGUUCAAAAGGUUGAUCAACAAUUCUGGUGUAUAUAUCCGCCCGAUUGGACUAGGGUUGUCUCUUCAGAAACAUAUAAAGGUCCAUGCUAAGACAACACAUUUGCAGCAAUGGAAUGGGGAUGAAAUAAUUCAAUAUCCAGUGUUUCAAGAAGCAAAUAUAUGGCUUGGAGGCAAUUUCCGAAUGGACUCUGACAUAUUCCGCGUAUCAGGAAUGACAAAUGCGUUUCUUUCCAUCUCCUCUCCAACGAAUAUAGUCAAGAGUUUAUUCCUUGAGGAAUGGGGUUUUAUGGUUAGACUUGAAGCAGUUGGUGCUUUAGAAUUUACAUUCAAUACUCCAUUUGGAGACCAAACUAUUCGAGGCACUGGUAGUGGUGAAGUAAACGCUCUUGCGUCGCUUGGAGGAUCUAAUCCGAGGAACUCCUGUGGUCUUAAUGCAAAUCCUGCAGGAGUCUUCAUGUCGCUACAUUUCAACGCUGAAGCAUUUCUCGAUGCACCACUUUUGCGUUUUAUUAAGCCCGGGGUCAGUGUAAAAGCCUAUGUUUUUCUUCCCAGCGAUUCAAAAACUCCUGCCUACAAUCAAACACUAAUUGAUAUAGAGAAAGAAGUUAUUGAUUUAAAACACAUAAGUGAACGGUUUGUUAAUCUCACAAGAGAUUAUUUAGAUAGGUAUCAAGUCCUUUUGUCGGACCAUUCAACCAUAUUACUUAAUACAGUAAUAACCACUGGUCAGAAGUUUUUAGCCAUUGUUGAUGACGUUAUUCAAGAUAAAGGUGACUUUGAUAAACCAAAUAUGCAACUAGUUCUUCAAAAAAUUACUGGUGUCUGGAGAGGGGGAUGGAAACAAUUGCAAAACGACACAGAUGCAUUUUUAGAGUCGAUAAGAGAAAACACACGGAUACUCAAGCAUAACGUUACACAUCUUAUAAAGGAAGAAGCCAGCGCAAUACUGAACAGAGUAAAUAUGUUGAUCAGUAAUGUGACUGCACAAGCUUCCAUGGUGCUUAGGAAAAUGAACGGAGCUGGAUUUCGGUUUAAGGGCGACCUAGAUAUUUCUGGUUUGAAGAUAAUAGGACUUGAAAUUGAGCUUGUGUAUUCCAUAGAAUCUCUGGGGUCAUGCGGACGGUUUGAACGAGCGUAUAGUGUUCUUAAGGGAGAAAACGCCGCCAGAGUUUUGGCUGUUGUCUCUUCUGAAGUAGUACAGAUAAAGAUCGGACGCUUCCUUAGUAUAGAAGGAGUAGGCAUUGGACUCGCUAUAAGUUUAGACUCAAAAGGUAAAUUUGCUGCUUUGUUACGUGUAGAAGCCGACCUCCUUGGAAUUAAAGCUCAAUCAGACCUGUUUAUAACAAAUCAAGGUUUGUAUCUUAAUCUUGAAGGAAAUGUAUGGAAUACAUUUAAAGCACAAUUACAAAUAUCUGCAGAACUUGGAAAUGAAUGGUACCAAUUGUCAUUUGGUGUGAAAGGAAGUUUUGUUGCCGAUGCCGAUGGAGAUGGAAGUUUUGAUGACGGUUAUUUAGCUGCACUGCGUAGAUUUAUCAGUACAAAAGCUGACGAGGCCAACAAAAGAAUAAGCAUGUUACAAGAUGGUGUAACAAAGGCUCAAAGAGUGUUAACCUCUGCUCAGACAUGGCUUGAAGAGAAAAAGUCGAUUUUCCGUAAUGCAAAUACAAAAUUCGAUGAUGCCGUACGUGCACUUGAUAGAGCUAACGAUAAACUAGAAGAUGCGAAGAAACCAUUUAAAGAUGCAUUAAGUAAACUAAAUGAAGCCCAAAGAAAGGUUGACAGAUUAUGUAAGAUUAAAAACUGCAAGAAAAUAUGUAUUCCAGGAAUUCAAUGUAAAAUUUGUCACAAACGGGUUUGGGUAUUUAAAGUACCAUACCCAUGUUGUAAAUUAACGAGCUGCAUGAUUUCUUUUCCUGAUCCAAUCUGCCUUACCCUUAACCUUCUAUGCAGCGCUGUUCGAGGUAUUGCCUAUUUAGCACUAGAAGCAGCCAAAGUUUUUGUCCGUAUUCCAAUGCUAGCCUUUGAUGCAGCUCAAACGAUCGUGUCGGCGGCACAAUUCAUUGUUGAUAAAUCAAGGAUUGUUUUGGACAUAGCUAUAGCUGCACUUGAUUUGGCUAAAUUAGGACUAGAGGCAACUCAAGAAAUAUUGGAAGGAGCAAAACUUGCUCUUGAGGCCGUUAAGCAGGUAGUAAAAUUAGGCGUUGCAGCUUUAAACUUUAUCAUUGAAUACGGAUUAGAAAGUACCAUUGAUGUGCGAAAUUGUGGAUUUGAAGUUACGCUUUCAUCAAAUGAUAAAGCCGUUUUUGAUGUCCACUGUGAUGUUAACGCGUUUAAAACUGGAUUCAGAACAAUUAAAAUACGCAUCAAUUUCAAUGACAUUUUCCAAAGUCUAUGGUAUGCUGCUAAGGCAACAAUAACAUCCAUACUCAAUGCCAUCGGAAAUAUCUUCGGACGCAAGCGAAGAGAGAUAGAAUAUGAUUCUCUUAAUUUAUUGUACAAGCAUUACAGAAAAACAAGGGAUACUCAUGUUAAUGCUACAGAAACACUUAAAAAUGAAACCAUUGACAUAAUCGCGGAUACACUUGGCUUUACAACAAACCAAACGGACAGUGAAUAUGAUAUUAGGACAGAAAUAUUUCGGCAAAAUUGUAAAACAUUUAAAAACAUUCAUACCUUCCUAUUUGACACUAUCUAUGCCUUGCAUGAUAUGGCAAACGAGACAGCUAGUACCCUAAUGAAUACUACAUUUGUACAGGAUGAUCUGGGCUUAAAGGAUAAGCACUCCCUAGAAAAUGCAUCGUUAACGGAACUAGGAAUUGAUCCGAAUGUAGCUGAAGCUGAAUUCAACAUCAGCCGUACUAAAUUAACAGAAACCAUCGAAAGCGCUAAAGCAAAUUUAACUUCUGAUACGUACUUAUCAGAUGUUGAAAGAUUUCCUGGAGAUGCAGCCGCAAUGCUUCAAAAUCAAACCAAUGAUGCCAAUUCCCUAGAAAUUGUCAAUUAUUGGGUCGUCGCCAUGGAAAAUAUAACAAGCGCACAUUUCAGUGCAGCUACGUGUGUCUCCUUUCUGGAUUGUGCGCAUUACGCUGUUGCAUCGCUUUAUGAAAUUGUUCUUUCAUCAACUGACUUACCUAAUAAAAAUCAAAGCAUCCAAAGUAUCUCCGCCUUUGAGGACAUCUUUCUGAUAUUGACCAAUAACUAUUCAGUUAAAAUUCUCGAGGUAUAUGAUAUGUCUCUAGGUAUUUUGGAUCACCUAGAUGCGAUUAAUAAGUCCAACGUCUUCUGUUCUACUCCACCUACCACUAUGUUUCCUCUUAAAAACCAAACAGUAGUGGCAGGACAAACAUGCCAUCUCGUAUGCAAUGUCACAGGAAAUCCUCCCCCGACAUUCAUUUGGUUGAAAGACAAUGAACAAAUCACCAACUCGUCGGCAAACAUGAUAUUCACCAUCCGCAACGUGACAUAUUCGGACGAAGGUAGUUACCACUGUGUAGCAUCCAACCUGGUCGCCAGCCUUAUCAUGACGGAGGCGUACGUCAAUGUGACAGAGAAAGAGGACAUAAUCGACAAAACAACAACUGAAGAGAAAGAGGACAUAAUCGACAAAACAACAACUGAAGAUGAGUUUCCAUUAACACUGGUGGUGACACUUACCGUGACACUUACGACAUGUACUGUGAUUAUUGUUGCAUGUGGAGUAUGGUGCUACAAAAGGCGUGUGCCAUAAAAGGGUGGCGUGUUUGAAGCAGUUGGAACGAUACACUCAUAGUGUAUCUAAAUAUUGACACGUGUGAAUAUCAAAUUUAGAUGUCAUGCGGCUUUGUGGAGGAAUUGGAACGAUUCAGUCAUGCUUUUGUCAUUGUAGGCUUGUGUCAAAGUAAUCAUUCAUUUGGUUUUGUGAUUCAUGUUUUGCAAAUCUAAUGUUAUUACUAAUUUUGUUGAGAAAAGAUCUGUAGAGGAACUUUUAUAUUUACAUGAGGACACUGCACAAUAAUGCUCUUGAUGUUCAUAUCAGUAUUUACACAUCUGUUUGUACCAUGCUGCUGCCUAAGGCUAAAACAAUAAUCAUGCUACAUGCAAAUUCCAAACGAGAAUUGGGGAUACACAAAGUGUCAAGUCAAAGCAUGUUUUUGAUGAAUUUGUUUUUAACAAAAGGUUUUCUGACAUAAAAAUGGUUUAAACCCCCAGUAAAUUUACAUUUUACUGGCGGUACUAAACAAUCCUUGAUAAACAUACCUAGUUUUUUCUUUAUAUAUAGUAUGUAUGCACUUUGCUGUUUGUGGAGUUUUGUGCUUUUCUUCCAUGUUUAUUGUUUGUGAUUUUUUUGUUUUUAUGUUUUAUGUAUUUGGUGUUUGCCCAGUGCCAUUAAACCGGGUUUAUGUUUAAACGUUUUGCUACUAUGCUUGUUUCCGCACAAAUAAUGAUAUUUGUUUGUACAUCUUGUGUAUGAUUUUACUCAAAUCAGUCUGAUACAGUUUCACCACAUUUUAAAACAUUGGCAGUGCAAUGAUAAUUUCAUCUUUGCUUCAAACAAAAAUGAAUUGUUUUUGCGGGAAUUAUGUUUAUGUUUCAUCGGGACUUUUUUCCAACUGAUCAAAAGAAAAAGAAACCAUUGGUACUUUUAUUCACAUGUAGCUGUAUUGUGACAGAUAAAGUUACGAAUGUUCUUCAAAAAGUGUUAUUACAGGCUUAAAUUGAAAUCGAUUAUGAGGAAGGGACAUCAGAACGGGGUAUAUUUAGUCACGUGACUAAAGAUGAACUUUUAACGGGUAUUGUCUGUUAAAGGGCAAUUCUCAAGCCCAUAUAAACAAAUACAUGGUGUUGUCGCUGCACGAAAAACAUAUACAAGUGUGCUAAACUUCAAUUUGGCUUAUUAUGUUUUGAUCGUAGCUGCCUUUCCCUGUGUCAUAGUCUCACAAAGGUGUAUUUUGGGCGGGGAUAUUAAACUACAAAUAACAUGUAAUAAAACAUUAAAAUCUAGGGCAGACUAGUCUGACUGUUUAUGCCAAUAGCUAGAAGGAUAACAGAUGAGCGUGUGUGUACAAGAGAUUUAUGUUGUGACUUUUCAACAAGCGAUUUUGUGUUGUUUGCGCAAUAUGUAUCAUAUAACAUAUUUUUUUCAUGGACCCUUUUUUGCAGAUACUUUUUAAGAUAUUCCAUUUGCCAUAUUUCUCUAUGAUUUAUGAAGGAAACUGUUUGUAACACUAUCGUCUGCUGUCAUUAAGACACACACUAUUGUACAGAUAUGAGUUGAAUUCAUAUUCACUUUUUAAAACUAUGUUUAUUGUUUUGACUUUUCAAUUUUAAAAGCUAUGUUUGACAAUUUGCAUCUUUCUUUGUAUUCAAUUGUUUAUUAAAAUUGUAUUCUGGACAUAUAAUGUUUGCAUUUAGAAAACACCCCUGAAAACUUCAUCCCAAUAGGGUUAAUAUGUUCUGUAUAUUUUGUUUAUAAGUUUUUA